CCAGCUCUUCAAAACCCUAUCGUCUCCGCGCAGCCACCAUCGAAGCUAACUCCGGAGAGCAAAGUCAGAGAUGGCGCGCGGCGUAGCGGCUGCUACCAAGGGCGGCGUGGCCGCCGGGAAGAAGAAGGGGUCGGUCUCCUUCGUGAUCGACUGCGCCAAGCCCGUCGAGGACAAGAUCAUGGAGAUCGCUUCGCUCGAGAAGUUCCUGCAGGAGCGCAUCAAGGUCGCAGGCGGCAAGGCCGGCAACCUCGGCGACUCGGUCACCGUUUCCCGCGACAAGAGCAAGGUCACCGUGACCUCCGACGGGGCCUUCUCCAAGAGGUACCUGAAGUACUUGACCAAGAAGUACCUGAAGAAACACAAUGUGCGAGAUUGGCUUCGGGUCAUCUCAUCAAACAAAGACCGCAGCGUGUACGAGCUCCGGUACUUCAACAUUGCUGAGAACGAUGGUGAGGAGGAAGAUUAGAUGCACUGCCUUGUUUCAAUCUCUUGUCAACUUUUGGACUCCUCAGAGCACUUACGCUGUAGUAUUCCAAGAGAAUGAGUUUUGAUGUUUAAUUUUCUACCGAUGUUUUUGAUUGUGGUGAAACUCCUAUGUGACGGUUAGAUAAUCAUGUUGAAGAUUUGUCGGUUGUCACGCUUGUAGUUUGAGAGCGAUCUGUGCUUCUUAAGUUGAAUUGAAUGUGCAGUUCAGUAGUGCUGUGUAAGUGUAAA